AUGUUGACCAACAACGAUCUGCUCGAGCAGUUUUACUACCCAAACCCAAGCGAAAGCCAUAGCCACACGGAUGAGCUGCAGGGCAUGGAUGCGUUUCAGCAGUUGGAGCAAUUCAUGUACCAGCAGGAGCUCAGUGGCUGCGGCGACAGUCUGUCGGAUGAGACCAACAGUUCCACCAUGGAGCAGCUGUACUACGACACACCAGCGGUGCUCGGACUGGAGCACAUGCUCAGCGCCCAAGCGGUGGAGCAGAAUCAAGCAAAUUCCUUGAGCAAAUGUCAGCAGAGAAGUUCCAAUUAUUGGACCAAACAGCAGCAGCCACAGCAUCGAAGCAAACCCUACGACAAGCUGUCCACCUCCAUCUCUUCGAUAUCCUCCAGCAACUCUUCGGCAUCGUCAUCAUCGUUUUCGCUGUCUCCUGUGAGCAGUGGAACUGUCCUGAAGAAGCGUCGCCUGGCCGCCAAUGCCCGGGAACGUCGGCGAAUGAACAGCCUGAAUGAUGCCUUCGACAAGCUGCGGGAUGUGGUGCCAUCUCUGGGCCACGAUCGACGACUCUCCAAAUACGAGACACUGCAAAUGGCACAGGCCUACAUCGGGGAUCUGGUCACGUUGCUCUCGAGGGACUAUUGAGUAUGCGGAGAAGGAUCUCCGAGUGGGAAUGCUGUGUGUUGCUGCAACACUUUCAUCCUAGUGUCAACUUAUAAAGGCUGUUAGUUUUAAGC